UUAUACUGCAAGUCUUAAUGCACAGAUCCGAUCUUUACACCAUAUCCGAUUUUUUGGCCCGCCUGUUUAGACAUGCCUCGACUGACUGACAUGAAAUUUGAUGAAGACAGCUAAUUAACGAUUUACCAGACUCACUCACUAUAUUUCAUCACUUCACUUUAAUAUUGUUACAAGCUCUUUUUUGUUAUGUUAAUGCUAUAGCGUGUCAUGUUUAUCAAAAUCGUCUACCCUACUUGCUGAAUGUGUUCGUUCUAAAGUGGAAGUAAAAUGUUCAGUCAUACUGGGACAAACAUAACCUUAUUGAUUCACCACUGAGGCAAAUCACAAUGAAAUUGCUAAUACAUGCACAACAGAUGAUUUUUGAGCUGUGCUCUCUUCACAGGCAAGCGUGUGUGUCUCGGAGAGGCUUUGCCUUGAGCAGAACUCUUCAUCUACAUUUACAUUUACAUUUACAUUUAUUCAUUUAGCAGACGCUUUUAUCCAAAGCGACUUACAGGUGGGGAAUACAUCAAGCGAUUUGUCCUAAAGAAGCAAAACGACCUACGAAGUGCUCAAAAUACCAUAUAACAGGCAUUGUUCAAAUAAGUACAAGCUAGAAAGGGAAAAGAGUAGAAAAGGAAUUUUUUUUUUUUUUUUUAAGUCAAGUAGUGUCGAAAGAGAUGGGUUUUCAGCAGUUGCUUGAAAGUUGUUAGGGAGUUGGCAUUCCGGAUAGCGGUGGGAAGAUCAUUCCACCAGCCAGGAACGGUGUAAGAGAAUGUUCUGGAAAGUGACUUUGUGCCUCUUUGUGAUGGUACAAUGAGGCGUCGCUCACUGGCGGAUCUCAGAGUUCUGGAGGGAGUGUAGAUUGGUAGCAAUGAGUAGAGGUAGGCGGGCGCCGAGCCUGUGGUUGUUCUAUAAGCAAGCAUCAGUGUCUUGAAUUUGAUGCGAGCUGCAAUUGGGAGCCAGUGCAGGGUGAUAAAGAGAGGUGUGACAUGGGCCCUUUUGGGCUCGUUGAAGACCAGUCGUGCUGCUGCAUUCUGAAUCAUUUGUAGAGGUUUGAUUGUGCAUGAGGGAAGACCGGCUAGAAGAGCAUUGCAGUAGUCCAGCCUGGAGAUGACCAGGGCCUGGACAAGAAGUUGUGUGGCCUGCUCAGUUAGAAAGUGGCAGGGAAAAUAAGGAGCUCAGUCUUUGCCAAGUUGAGCUGUAGAUGAUGUUCUUUCAUCCACACCGAGAUGUCCGCCAAACAGCCUGAGAUCCGUGCAGCUACUGUUGGAUCAUCUGGUUGAAAUGAAAGAUAGAGCUGCGUGUCAUCAGCAUAGCAGUGGUAAGAGAAGCCAUGUGCCUUUAUGAUGGGCCCCAGUGAUGUAGUGUAAAUGGAGAAGAGGAGGGGUCCAAGAACUGAUCCCUGAGGAACCCCAGUGGCCAGAUGAUGUGCUUUGGAUACCUCCCCUCCCCAGGCCACCCUGAAAGACCUACCUGUGAGAUAGGAUUCAAACCAGCGAAGAGGAGUCCCUGUGAUACCCAGUGAUGAGAGGGUGGACAGGAGGAUCUGAUGAUUGACUGUGUCAAAAGUAGCAGAAAGAUCCAGCAAAAUGAGUACCGAUGAUCUGGAAUCAGCUUUUGCAAUCCGCAAGGCUUCAGUGACUGACAGUAGUGCAGUUUCAGUUGAGUGGCCGCUCCUGAACCCUGACUGGUUAGCAUCCAAUGAACUGUUCUGCGCGAGAAACAGUGAUACCUGGUUAAAAACGACUCGUUCCAGUGUUUUUGCAAUGAAUGGGAGGAGAGAGAUCGGUCUAUAGUUAUCUAUAAGUGAAGUGUUUAAUGUAGGUUUUUUGAGCUACUUCACUUCCCUCCUCCAGCACUUCACCUUCAAAGCCACAGUGCCUUCAGAGAACACUGACAUAAACCCCACAAUCAAAGGUUUCGGAUGCAUGCCCUGCACAUACGAGUGCUAUGCCAUUCCAAGGAUAUAGAUGAAAGAACAGUCCGGAAAGCCUGUAUGCAAGGAUUAAUUUAACAUGCAAUUUUUUUCUGCAAAACUACAACUUCCACAAAUAGCUUAUUCCAUGCGGAAAGCUUUUUACUUCCAGAGAAGUGUUUAUUUAAUUGCAUACUGUUAAUAAAAACGUGCAUGAGACUAAUUGUCUGAAAGAUGUGAGAAAAUGUGAUAUAUGAUGCAUGACUAAAUAGUUUUACAUUACAUUGCAUUACAACAGUUGUAUGGCUACAUAAGUGCUGCUUUUCUGCAGUGAAACAUAUCUCAGAACUAUAAAGAAUAGUUGCUUUAAUGUUCUACUCCCAUUACCGUCACAUCUCUUAAGUCCUAGGUAAUUCUAGAUGAACUUUAAUAGUUUUAGGUGUGUGGGCGAGACAACGGGUACCUCAUUUGCUUACGUCAAAGUAAUGGUUGUGUUUGGGGGUAGGGUCAGGUAAGAGGCAUUCUUGUCAUUGCAUGAUUUAGAAACACCUUUAAUUUAAAAACGCCUACCGUUGUUUUGCUGAGACCUUAUAAUUACAUCAACCCAGAGCCGAAGUACAUUUUCGGUUCUUUCUAUCGAUUUAAAAGAACGAUCUAGUGAGAUUUGAAGGAUGGAUUUAUUGUUGGCGUUGAAGACGAAUAUAGUGUCUGUUGUCAUGGCUGUCUUGGCUCUGUUUUUGCUGUGGAAGAUUCGAGGAAAGCAGAGCAGAUUUGAUCGGCUGCCUCCAGGACCCGCUCCAAAUCUACUGCUGGGAAAUUUACUUCAAUUUAAUAUCAAGGAAGCCUACAAAUAUUACCUUGAGCUGAGUGAGAAGUAUGGCUCUGUUGCCACUAUCUGGUUGGCAAACACUCCUGUGGUGAUUAUUUCUGGAUAUCAAGCCCUAAAGGAGACGAUGAUUGGUCUUGGUGAAGAAUUCAGUGGCAGGGCCAUCUAUCCUCUGUUGAUGAAGUCCACUUAUGGAUACGGUGUUCUGUCCACCAGUGGACACCGAUGGAAGGAGAUGCGCAAGUUCUCUCUUGCGACACUGAAGAACUUCGGAAUGGGCCGCAGGAGCAUCGAGGAACGAGUCAAGGAGGAGGCUGAGAAUCUUGUGGAAAUGUUUAAAAAAUGUGAAGGCUCUGCAUUCAGCCCUGCAGACAUGCUGUUGAAUGCUGUAAGCAAUGUGAUCUGCAGUAUUGUCUUCGGGCAAAGAUUUGAAUUUGAGGAUCCACAAUUUAAGUCUCUCCUUCGGACUGUAAAUACUUACUUCGCUAUUCUCAGUAGCCCUCUUGGACAGAUCUAUAAUAUAUUCCCUAGGUUAGUCAGUCUCUUUCCAGGUAAACACCAUGAGCUGUUUAAAGACCUAGAGGAGGCCAGAGAGUAUUGCAAGUGUGAGGCACAGGCUCGGAUGAAUAGUUUGGAUCCCUCGAGCCCACAGGACUUCAUUGAGGCCUUUGUGUUAAAAAUAAAAGAGGAGAAAGACAAUCCUAAAACAGAAUAUAAUUUUGACAACUUGAUUUCUGUGAUAUGGAACUUGUUCAGUGCCGGCACAGAAACCACUUCAUCCACUGUCAGACACGCUUUGCUUCUGAUGAUGAAGCACCCAGACGUUCAAGAGCGCGUUCAGCGGGAAAUUGAUGAGGUUGUAGGACAGGACCGUUGGCCCUCUACAGAGGAUAGACAGAACCUGCCGUAUACAGAAGCUGUAAUCCAUGAGGUUCAACGCCAUAUGGAUAUCGCCCCCAUUGCUGUACCGCACAAGAUGAUGUGCGACACUGAAUACAAUGGUUAUGUCAUUCCUAAGGAUGUCAUGGUUUUCCCACUGCUAUCCUCUGUGCUUAAAGACCCAAAAUUGUGGAAGAACCCAAAUUGCUUUGAUCCAGAGAACUUCCUUGAUGCAGAUGGCCGAUUUCAGAAAAACUAUGCAUUUGUUGUAUUUGGCAUGGGAAAGCGUGCGUGUCUUGGUGAGGCUCUGGUUCGCAUAGAACUCUUCAUCUUCUUCACUUCCCUCCUUCAGCAUUUCACCUUUAAAGCCAUGGUACCGCCAGUGGAGCUUGACACAACACCUACAAAUUGCAGUUUUGGCCGUAUGCCCCGCACAUACGAGUGUUACGCCAUUUCCAGAAAAUAG